AUGCCUGAACGAGAUCGUCCACUUUUACGCAAAAUGCACUCGACGAUUCAAGAAGAAAGCGAUGAUGAAAAUGGAGGAUUUGAUGGAAAUGAUGACGAUGAAAAUGAAGAAAUUCGAAGAAGAGGAAAAGAAAAAGAACCAAGGAAAUUCUCACCACCGAAAACAUUGAAUUUGCAUGGGAAAAUGAAAAGUCUUCCGAUACCGGCGCCGACUUAUUCGAGACAAUUACGCCUUCUCACCCCAAUCCCAGCCAGUCCUGCUUCAUCAGCUUCAUCCAUUGAUUCGUCUCAUUUCACCUACACCAAUCAUUUCCCUCAUCUAUUCACUGAGGAGAAGAUGAAAGAAAUGAGAAAGAUUGGCCCCUUGAGUGAAGGUCGAUCACGAUUCGGUGAUGUUUCAAAAUAUGUUGAGAAUGAAUCGAUGAGAGUAUGGACUGGAGCAAAAAGAAAGGAAAAUACACAACAAUGGGCACCCGGGCAAAAAGCCGCCUUUCUGCGCGAGAUGGAGGAAAUGGCAAAUCUCGUGCAUUCAAGAAUCGCCAGACUUUAUGGUUUUUAUAUCGGACCUGAGGAGAUCAUUUCAUUUCGAGAUUACAGUCCAAUGGGUACGGUAGAGGAUCAAAUGCAUCGAAAUGGAGCACUCUCGGUCAAAUCCGCUCUCUCUUACAUGAAAGAUCUUCUAGAAGGAUUACAAUUUUGUCAUAAUAAUCAACCUCGAGUUCUUCAUAGAAAUAUUAAAGCUUCAAAUCUUCUUCUCCGCACCGACAAUCAUGUUUUAUUAUGUGAUUUUGGUAUUGAAAAUAUUGAGCACUUGAAAAAUGAAGUGAAUGUGGAAAAGAAAGAAGAGAGGAAGGUCAGUACAUCCAGUCUGACAAUCGAGAAACCAAAAUAUGUGCCAUCAACAAGUGAAAUUUCACAUUUUCGAAGAACUCUCUUAGCAACAGCACCUGAAAUUCUUGAGAGAAUUUUUGAUGAAUCUGCGUACACAGAAGCGGCUGAUAUUUGGGCAAGUGGUUGUGUCCUAGUUGAGAUGUUAACAUUGAAGCCCCCAUUGACCGAUUCAUUCAAUCAUCUUGAUGAUUUGGCUUUACAUGAAGAAUUGAUCUCAUUCUCACGAAACAAUCAACUCAAUGUUUCUCCUCAAAAUUUGUUGAGUGAACGAAAGGAUGAAUGUCGAGAAGUGUACAAUCUUCUGAAAACAAUGAUGGAAAUCGAUGAGGAUAGAAGACCCUCCGCCUCUCAGUUACUUUUGGAAGAGGAGUUCUCUGAGAUAAAUGAGGUCCGAAUCACGAUUCCUUCAAGCCUUCCCACACCUCCGUUGGCUUCUAGAAAAGCGCCACAUUUGAAAGUGAAAGUUCCGACUAUUGAAGAGAUCUCGAAAGCCCUCGAAAAAAAGGGAAGCGACACUAAGAGCGAUUCUAAAAAGUCCCAAGAAUCGACGGAACUUGAUGGAAACAAGAUGGAAAAGGGAAAAUGGACGAAUGAGGAUACGACGGAAUGCUCGAAAAUAUUGAGAUGGUAUGGAAGCAGAUGUCUCCUUUUUCUCUCACUUCUCUUUAAAUGGAUGGGUGUUGUGUUAUUGUCGGCUCUCUCACUCGCUUUUGUCGCCUACGUGGUCUUCAAUGCAAUUUUCCUCAUCUACAAGGCAAUCGGAAUCGUUUGUCAAUGCAAAUUAAAUGAAGGUUUUAUCGUGCUGAUUGCUCUCAUAUUGUUGCCAAUACUCAUCCUACUAACCACCCUUUGUUGCAACAAUUCAAUCGAAAAAUAUAAACAAGCAAAAGCUGAUGGUUCGCUUGAGAAAUGCAGUUAUGUAAAAAAGGCUCCGAAAGACGAUAUAAUUCUUUGUGGAAUGCUUGUUCUCCAAGGGACAAAUGGCCGAUCGAAAAAAAGAAGCAAUGAAAGUUUGGCUCGCCGGAAAAACGCCGAAAGUACCCAACACGAUCAAACAAGCAUGACCCAAGCUCUACGAUUGCAAAGUGGUUUCGCUAUGGGCGUGUCAAAACUGGCU